ACAACAAUAGCACAUGGCAACCGCUAGCAGACGACGUAUGAUUCAAAUUUGUUGAUAUGGAUAAGAUUAAGUUUAAACUACAAUAAGUAUCUUAAGAAGGCCAUUUUAUUUUUUAAAUGAAUCUUAAUAAUGGCUGACUUGGCUAUGAAACAGAUGUGCCCUAGGCGUCAAUGCAUUUGCCCCAUCUGAAAAAUAAGACAAUUCGUCUGCUUGAGCCGUUUGCGACCGUGUGGUGGAUGCUAAUGGAUGUCACUGAGGACAUGGGUCUUGCUUCAAGUUCCACAAGAAAAAUCCCCACUCUCCCGCAAAUAUCAAUAUCUCCGUCCAAACAAGUGCUGCAAAAAAUACGAGCUGCAUACAUUGACGGCAGAAUUGAUAAUGAGCCAACGCAAAUAGACGAAUCAUCACCAGCAGUGCUGAAGUACAGAACGCCAAAUUUUAGGGCCACAGCAACGAUUGAAAUGUCCCCAAGCGAUGAAACGGAAACGUGGAAAGUGGGCUGGAUCCAAGCUUGUACAGAUAUGCUGUUCCAUAACCAGUACAAGGAUGAGGGCUACACAAGCUGGGAAUUUCCUGAGCUCAUAAGUGGGAAGCAGUCAAUGAUCAGCGACUGUGAUGGGCGACAUUAUCCGUGGUAUGGGUCUCGGAACGAAACGGUCAUCUUUGAAACGCCAUGUAGUUCGUACCAGCGGGCCACGGUGACCAUGAAUGACAACUUCCACCCCCACGUCACAUGGCGCAAUCCUGCCAACCGAAACCAAGUGGAGCCCAACCUCUCUCACAUCGUUCGCGACCAGAGCUUCUACGUCUGGCUAGUUGUGUGGAACAUGACCACCAUGAAGUCCUACAUUCUGCAGACGAUAAGGUGGACAAUGAAGCUGGAAAUCGAGGUGAACCCUAAGGCAGAGCUUGGCAAGCGGGCUCGGUUGAUCAGCGAUCCAAAGCCAAUUCAGCCAGUGCUGCUGGAAAAGAACGUUCCAAUACCCCACUGUGCUCUUGUUCCGCCGAACGCCAACAGUGCACAGAUGCUCGUGUGGCACCCGAACAAAGGCAAAUGUGUGUGCAUCAUUCCACCGGUUUGGAAUGCGGAAGAACGCGAAACGAGAAUUGAAAGCAAACUGUGAUAUAUAUACAUAUAAGCAUGUCUUUCAAACUAUUGAUGAUAAAAAUGGCAGCGAUAUGGAUGCGAGGAUAUGGGUGAUUUACCGAAACCGUUGAUGCACGAUUGCCACGCAGCUUUCACUUGCUUGUGCUAUUCCAAAAAAAAAGGUGAAUCAUGCAAUUUUAGUUCUGCGUGUAGUCAGUUCUGUGAGUGCCAGGGUGCCAGGAACAAUUUAUAAGUGUACUGUUUAUGGGGUGUUGCAUAUCUUGCUGUGAAUAAGAAUGAUACAAAUAUAAGCUGCCAAUUAUAUUAACAAAGCUUUUAAGUUUUGUACCAAAAUCUUCUUUUUUUUCCUUCUUUUUUUUUUUCGUUUUUCUUUUCUUUUCUUUUGAAAGAUGUUACAUAUACAUAUUUUAUAUAUUUUGUAUCUAGACCAAUAUAAUCAGGUAUUCAAAAGUACCAUUGUGUAAUAAAUGACACUCAUAAUAAUUUUCUUUCUAGGGGUAGAACAGUAAAGUGGAGUGGUUUAUAAAGGAUUUAUAUGUAUAUUUUAUUAAGAAUUUUAGGGAUAUGUUAUUUUUUUCUUUCUUUUUAGGUUUCAGUUUUGACUACAAUGGAUACCAUGUUAUAUCCUGCAUAUUGUAAGGUUAUAUCCUGUAUAUUGUAAGGUAUUAAGCAUUGUUAAUCAAGUAUUGUAUUCUGGACAGUGGAUAUUAAAAAAUAUAUUUUAGUGCCAUAUCUUAGUGUCGUACAUUAUAACUUAGUAACUGUAAUUUAAUGCUUCUACUAUUUAUCGUUUGGUGCAUACUACACUUUUAUUUCAUAUAAAUGCACAUAUCUACAUUAUGUACAGCUAUUUAUUUUUAAUGUGUGGUAUCUUAAUGUUUAGAUAUAUAUUGAUGAAUUUGUGAUAUAUGCAGGACAUACCGAUUACUUCUAUUUUUGUACAUUUUGUUGCAACUUGUUUGUUACUUUUUAUUAUUGCUUUCAUAUAAAAUGAAAUAAAUCAUGAAUAUUACAAA